AUGGCUCCUGUUCCUAGAUCGGCUAUUAUAGAAAUCCCUGAAGUAGUCUACUGGGCGACGACGAUCAUCUGCUUCUCGCUGUUUAUGUAUGGUCUGACAAUAAUAUGGAUCCUACGACAAGAUGGCCGAGAGCAGAAGAAAGAAAUCUCUGAACAUCACGAAGAUUACCUUGUGAGUGAAGGCGGUAGAAGGGUCGCGGAGCAGCAGGCUCAUCUCUUGAAAGAACUGUUGAUCAAGUGCCAGGACGACUUGCGGGCAAGCCAGGAAAGGGACAGCAAGCAUUGGAAACAGAUGGCAAGGACCAUCGAGGUCUGCCAAGCGCACCAUGUCCGCCACAACGCACCAAAUUUGCACCGUCUGGAGACAGAUUCUCAUGUUCACUCGGAAUCGAGUAGCACCAACUCUUCGCCGGAACGCGAGGAUCCUGAGUACUAUGGCCCAAGUCGUUCCAGCAGCGCAGAAUCUCAGACUCGCUCUGUCGUGCGCUCACUGAACCUAACGCAACUGGCGAAUGGUGAUGCGGCCCGAUAUAUGGUCAAUAACCGCUACCAGAUGCCGGAACAGAUUCGAUUUGGGGACCAUAGCCCAAUUAACCGGAGCCCUGUCAGACCUGGCUCUGAUCGGGGCUCGACAGAAAGUUUUGACUAG